GACGGCGUGCGGGUGUGUUUUUGCGUCAAAUCGAAGUGAGUCAUCCUGUGUUUUCCUUGGGGCUUUUCUGCGUAUUUUCUGUCCAAAAUUCAACCAUGUCCGGCGGUGUCCAGUUCUCAGAGUGUCCUCCGAGUCUUAAGAACAUCGCUCACUACCUGAAAACCGCCCUUGAGCAUGAUUCUCGUGAUAUCAUUGUGGCUUACUGGUCCAGACUCUAUGCCUUGCAAUUGGGGCUCAAACUCUCCUCCCAGAAGCCAGAGGAGACCAAACUGUUCCUUGAAUUGAUGGAUUGGUUGGAGAAAACGAAGAAGGAACACAGUGGAAAUGAAUCGAUAACUAAUGAAGUUGCUGGCCAGGCUUAUCUGGAAAACUAUGCCCUGAAGCUCUUCCUGUACGCGGAUAAGCAAGACCGAGAGGGAAAUUUUGGAAAAAAUGUCGUGAAGGCUUUCUAUACAGCCGGAAUGAUAUAUGAUGUUCUGCUGACUUUCGGGGAGCUCACCGAUGAAGUGCAGCAGAACAGGAAGUAUGCCAAAUGGAAGGCGGCGUACAUACACAAUUGCCUGAAGAACGGAGAAACUCCUGUCCCUGGUCCGAUGGCGACUGGAGAAGAGGGAGAAGAUAACGAAGAGGAGGACGAAGAAACUCAGCCUAGUGAGGAAGCUCAAGCUCCGCCAGCAGUGCCCAUCAAUCCGGACACGGGUGCCAUUGAUAUCACCUCGCCAGAGCAGCUACCUGAUCCGCCUAAGGAGCCCGAGAAGCCUCCGGGUGGCUUUCAGGCUUACGUUCCACCAGGAGGAGAAGAGGUGGAGCAGUACCAACCGGUUCAGGGUGAAGUGAGCCUUACACCGGAUCAGAUCAGCAAGGCCCAGAAGUACUGCAAGUGGGCAGGCAGUGCUCUCACGUAUGACGACAUCUCCACAGCCAUUGAUAAUCUCCAGAAGGCGCUGAGGCUGCUGAAAACGGGCCAGGAUGCGUAGAUUCUGAAUAUAUUCCUCACUCUUCUCACGCAAUUAAUCUAGAGCGCCACAGUUUGUGAAAUUAAUGCGAGAAAUUCAUGUAUUUUCAUAAAUAAAGCAUUGUUGUUUACGCUGA